ACCCGUCGCCAUGGUUACCCCGCGCAAAUUGAUCUUGGGCUCUCAGUGGAAAUGAACAACACAGAGAAGCCAUUUUGCGCAGUAGCGGUCAAUACUCACACACACAAAACACAGCAAGAGUAGGGCAGCUGACGUUAGCGGAGUUCCGAGCCGACUCGGUUCGGAAAAGGACGUGCCCUCUCGCCGUCUCCUCCCCCUCGCCAGCCAGGGAGCUCGGCAGCUCGGGGAGGAGCGGAGAGGAAGCCGGAGGGCGAGCGAGAGAGCAAGCAGCGGGAGGGGGCAGCGCCAGCGGAGCGGACACUUUAGCCGCAUUGCUAUUCGAUCCCCCCGGCUGACCCCCCCGUGAGAGGUGGGAGUUGUCCGCUCGGGUGAAUCCGCCAGGCGGGCUCCGAGUCAGCAGGUGGACGGCCGCUCUGCUCGCUCGCCGGUGUUUUGUGCUGUUUACGUGUCAUUUAAUGUGAAAAGUGAGGACUUUUUUCCCCUUUGUAUUUUACAUGGAGGUCGCUGUCAAGCUAGCCAGGACGAGGCUGCUUUGCUAAGGAAGGUGUGUGGCACAGCUUUGAAUCUGUACGAAGCGCCCUUCAAUAUGAAUACAGACAGCGGCGGAUACGCGCGCAAAAGCGUGGCCGUGUCGCUCACCCUCUCGCCCAUCAAGAGGGUCCAGAGCACACCCAAUCUGGCCUCAGAGAGCGGCCCUCACUCUUCAGACUUGAAUCCUUGGCGCUGCGGCAGCGCCACCGACGGCCUGAAGAACGGCGACGGCAUCAGCUCGUCGCUGGCCGCCAAAGGCUUUCGCAGCGUCAGGCCCAACCUGCAGGACAGAAAGUCGCAGGAUGACAAUCACGUUCCCCCGCCCCCUUCACGAAGCGAUAGUUUCCAUUUCACGCUCGCCGACGCUAACCCGUCGUCGACGACCGACGACACGUGCACCGCGACGAAGCUAACGUUCUCGGCCGUAAAAGAUUCCUUCGCGUUUAGCCGCACGGAAACCGGCGCUAACCCACGCCCUGACCACGCUUCGGCUAACGCGUUAAACCGGGAACGUAAGAUUUCCUGCCUGUCGAUGACCCCCGUCACCGUCCCGGACCCGCCCGAGCACCUUAACGCUAGCACCCCGCCCCUUUCUCCGGCCACGCCUCCCCAGCCUUCCGUGAGGACUUCCUCGCUGUCGGUCAAAUUGCUCUCGGGAAGCCAGAAAGAUCCGGAGAGUGUCCCGGCGGGGUCGUCGCCAGGUUUAGAUUCGACGCGAGACCCGAAGGCUCCUCCGGGGGUUCCUCCCAGACCUUCUCCUGCUGAGCUGUUGGGCGCCCCCUCCCUCGACCCGGCGGCACGCGGCCCCCCCUUUGUCCGCUCCCUGGACUCGCUGGCGUCCAAGGGUCCGUCGCCCGGCCCGUACGCGGGCCCCUCGCCGCCCGCCUCGCCGGUCACCGUGUCGGCGCUCAGCCACUGCUCGUGGUCCACGGCGGGCGGGCUGGACGAGCUGCGGAUCUGUAGCCUGGACUCGCCCGGCGCCUCGCCCACGCCGUCGCCCACCCUCAGCCAUGUCUCGGUGUUCGCCGCCGGCGAGGCUCUAACAACGGCCGCUGUCACUAACGGCCAGGUGCUCUCGCACGCCAUGAACGGGGGCACGGGGCACGCCCAGAGGCCCCUGUCGCCGCCGUCAUACCCGCCGCCGCCCACCUCGCUCCGCGCCGGAGGCCUCAGGCAGAGUCGAAGCUCAGAAGGUAGAGAGGCCUUCACCAGGGAGUCCGCCAGCUACGGCGGCUCGGUGCCCAUCGCCCGUUUUUCUGAGGAGGAAAGCAAGGUGUCCAUCAUCAAGGCCCCUCACUACGAAGGCAUCGGACCCGUGGACGAGUCGGGGAUUCCCAUUGCCAUCCGCACUACGGUGGAUCGUCCCAAGGAUUGGUACAAAACCAUGUUCAAGCAGAUCCACAAGGUCCACAAAGCAGACGACGACUAUUCGGACACGUACAGCGCGACGUACGCCAUCGUCAACAACGACGACUACGGCGUGCCCCCCGGCGCCACCUUGGCCCACCCGGCCCCGCGCACCCACACGUACCGGCCGCUGGCCAAGAGCCCGUCGCCCUCUCCGUCGCCGGUGCCUCCCCCGCCUCCGCCCGCGCCCUCUUUGCUCCAGCUGAGAGCCCGAGACAGCGACCGCGACACGCCCGACAUGAACGAAUGGGGUCCACCCGACAGGAAGGUGGACACGCGAAAGUACCGUGCCGAGCCAAGGAGUAUUUUUGAGUACGAGCCAGGAAAGUCCUCCAUUUUAGAGCACGAAAGACCCAGCUAUGAUGACAUAGAUUUAGAGAACGAGCCUUGGUAUAAGUUCUUUUCCGAGCUGGAGUUUGGCCGCCCGCCUCCUAAAAAACGUCUGGAUUAUAAUCCAGACGUGUCGGCUCGCCAGCGUAUCGAGGCCGCUCUGCUGCCAUCUCCUUCCGACAAGCCCCCCGAAAGACCCGCGAGCGCCGCUAGUGACUACAGGAAGAGAAGGAAGUCGGAGCCCGCCCCGUCAUACCCCGAGAGAGCGGCCACGUCGCACAACGUGCCCGACGCCGGCGGCUCCAACUUGAAAAAGCCCAGCGUUCGCUCCUCGCCGUCCUCGCCCUCACGUGCCAAAGGUGGGGCCGCAUGCGUCAUGUAUUCAAACAGCAUGAGUCGUCCGGUCACCAGCGGGCGGCCGCCAUCGCCGCCACCGCCGCCCAAACUCCGAUCCCGAAGCUGCGACGACCUCCCAUGCUCGGACCCCGAGCGCCGGCGCGCCCGCCGCUCAGAGAGCGCCGGCUCGUUGGCCCGCGACGGCUCAGCACCGAGUCUCCGUCGCGGGACGCCGCGCGACUCCCCCGCCUUCCUGGAGCUGUACCGCAAAAUGCACCGCAUCGACAGGGCGCACAUGAUCCCGUCCGAGGUGAUCCGCUCGGUCCGCGCCCGCAUUUCGGACUUGGAGCGGCUGCCCCGACCGUGCCCGCGCCGCCCCUCCCCUUCGGCGCCGCGCCGCAACGUUCCCGACCGCGUAUCCGCCUACGAGAGCCUGGUGGCCAAGUCCAAAUCCAUGCCCGACCUAGGUGACGGCGAGGCGGCGUCGGGUGCCACCACGCCGGGCGGUUCCUCGUCCCGGGCCAGUAGCGGCGCCGCCACCCCUUCUUUUCCCAAACGCCGAUUCUCCGUGGAGUCCCUCCUGGAGGAGGACGACGAUAGAGCCGUAGAGCGCGAAGCCCGCGGCCCGCCCGAGGGUCGGCCCCGCGCCGGGCCGGAGGUACCCCCCGUCCCGCGGGCGCCGCCGCCCGCCGACUACUCUGACAGCGAGCGAGACGCGGCGGCCUCGGACCUGAGCGACUUCAUCCGAGCCGAGGGUUCUUCGUUUUGCAGCGAGAGCGACUUUGACCGAUGCUCGCCGACGUCCUCGGAGAGUCUGUGCGGCGGCCCCGCCCACUGGCGCCGCCGCCGCCACCCCGGUCCCCAAAGCGUGGGGCAGAACCAGGGCUAUCAGCACCGACACCUCAUCAGCUCUUGCAAGGGUCGCUGCCCGGCUUCUUACACCCGCUUUACCACCGUGCUUCGCCACGAGCGAGAGCGGGCCCGGCGGGACCCUCGGCCGGACCCCCGGCGGGACCCCCGGACACCCUCGGAGUCCAUGUCCAACUUGGCCUACCUGGUCAGCCCGGUGCCUUUCCACAAGAAAAAGUCCGCCGUCGGUGGCGGCGAAGGACCAAAAUCCAAGCGGGCCGUCUACGAAGCGCUGGACGCCGCCCUGCGGGACAUCUACGAGCACAUCCGAGCCGAGCGGGGCCGCGGCGGGGGCGCCCCCGAGCGCGGAAUCCUGAGGAGAAUACUCUCCGAGCUGCUUCCCGAAGUGCCCGAGAGGAGCUCUUCCUUGCCCGGGAGGCGGCGCUGCUGCCACCGGUCCCGCGCCGACGCGGACACGUACGAUUGGCUCACCCCGCCGUCGCGUUCGCCGCGCCUCCGCUCGCCAGUUAGUGCCUGUUACCCGCGCCGUUCCGACUGUAACCAUUACAACGAGGAGUGCGGCGACGGCGACAACUGUGGUUUUUAUUCAGACCAGGAAGUACCCAGGAGUUAUUCCACCGCUGACGGCGGACGCCACACUCCGAGAGCCACGCAUGACAGAGAGGUGUCCCACAAACAGAUGAGCCAACUUAUUCUGUCCUCUCUCCUCCAUCAGAAGCAGCCCGCCCGAGCCAUUUACGACUUUAAGGCGCAGACGGCCAAGGAGCUGACGUUCAAGAAAGGCGAUGCGGUCAACAUCAUCAGACAGAUCGACAACAACUGGUACGAAGGCGAGCACCGCGGCCGCGUGGGAAUCUUCCCCAUCGCUUACGUGGAGAAGACGGCAUCGGCGGAAAAGCCGCAGCCCAGCCGCCCGCCUCCGCCCGCCCACGUCAGGGAGAUCGGUCAAGCCGUGGCUCGCUACAACUUCAACGCCGACACCAACGUGGAGUUGUCGCUGCGAAAGGGCGAGCGGGUGACGGUGAUCCGACAGGUGGACCAGAACUGGUACGAGGGGAAGAUCCCGGACACCGGCAAGCGGGGCAUCUUUCCCGUGGCCUACGUGGACUUGAUCAAGCGCUCUGGCCACCGCGCGGACCCCCACGGAUACCGUGGCGACAGGACGCCCGGCUCGGCGCCCGUCACGCGGUUAGUCCAGGAAGCUCUUCACGGCGGCGGAGACCCCUUCCAGGCCGUGUACAACUACGUGCCACGAAACGAAGACGAGCUGGAGCUGAGGGAGGGCGACGUCAUCGACGUCAUGGAGAAGUGUGACGACGGAUGGUUUGUCGGGACAUCUCGCCGAAGCAAGUUGUUCGGCACCUUCCCGGGAAACUACGUCAAGCAAGUGCCAUGAAGGAUUCCCGGCUCCGCCCCUAUUCUGGCCGUCCCCGCCUGCCCCGAUUCCCGCCCCGCCCGGCCCCGCCCUCCUCAGCACAGAAGACGCGCGUUGCGACACAGCUCUCACUAGCCAACAGAAGACCUCGUUAGUACCUUUUUUUUGUUGUUGUUUUUUAACUCUUCGUUCACUUGUUUUUACGCUCACGGGCCGAAUUUUUUUUUUUUUUUUUUUGGUUGUUGUUACGUCCACACCCAAAAGACUUUGAUUCUAGGACAAAUGUUACAAAUGGUCACCGCUAGCCUUGAUGCACUUUAACCCAUUGCUGUUUGUUCGGCGUCAGACUUUCGACUCACUUUUUUUUAGUUGUUUUAUCGAAGGGACGCUCCUCAUACCUGAUAUUCCUAUUUUUACUCCGCCCACUUUUUCGGUUUUUGACCGAUGGUACGGAAGAGGAUUUAGGAUUGUAAGAUUCUGACUUUAAAGUCAGAAUUCUGACCUAAAGAUGUCAUUAGCAAUAGCGUACAAGCUACACAGUGUAUCUCAGUUAUGAGCAUAACAGCUAAAUGAACAAAAUGCGCUGUGUUGUGUCACUUCCUGUUGAUAACGGGUCACUUCCUGUUGAUUUGGCGGCAUUUCGGUGUCACUUCCUGUUGAUAUCAAGUCACUCCUUUGAUAACAGGUCACUUCCUGUUGAUAAUGGGUCACUCACUGCUGAUUUAAGGGUCUUUCGGGGUCACUUCCUGUUGAUUUGGAGGCAUUUCAGGGUCACUUCCUGUUGAUAUUGGGUCACUCCAUUGAUAACAGGUCACUUCCUGUUGAAAACAGGUCCCAUCCUGUUGAUUUUGAGGCAUUUAGGGGUCACUUCCUAUUGAUAUUGGGUCACUUCCUCUUGAUUUGGAGGCAUCUCGGAGUCCCUUCCUGUUGAUUUGGGGGGGCCUUUCAGCUUCAGGUUCUGAUACAGGUCACUUCCUUCAUAUUUUGGGGCACUUAAGGGUCACUUCCUAUUGAUUUGGGGUCACUUCCUGUUGAUUUGGCAGCAUUUCGUUGUGACUUCCUGUUGAUAUUGAGUCACUCCUUUGAUAACAGGUCACUUCCUGUUGAUAAUGGGUCACUCACUGUUGAUUUAAGGGUCUUUCGGGGUCGCUUCCUGUUGAUUGGGAGGCAUUUCAGGGUCACUUCCUGUUGAUAUUGUGUCACUCAUUUGAUAAUAGGUCACUUCCUGUUGAUUUGGAGGCAUUUCAGGGUCACUUCCUGUUGAUAUUGGGUCACUCCAUUGAUAGCAGGUCACUUCCUGUUGAUGACAGGCACUUGCUGUUGAUGUGGAGGCACUUCAGGGUCACUUCCUGUUGGUAUUGAGACACUCAUUUGAUAACAGGUCACUUCCUGUUGAUAUUGAGUCACUCCGUUGAUAGCAGGUCACUUCCUGUUGACAACAGGCACUUGCUGUUGAUGUGGAGGCAAUUCAGGGUCACUUCCUGUUGAUAUUGAGACUCUCAUUUGAUAACAGGUCACUUACUGUUGAUAUGGUGGCAUUUGGGGGUCACUUCCUGUUGAUUUGGAUGCAUUUCGGGGUCACUUCCUGUUUAUUUGAAGGCAUUUUGGGGUCCCUUCCUGUUGAUUUUGGGGGCCUUUCAGCUUCACGUUUUGAUGCAGGUCACUUCCUGAUGAUUUUGGGGCACUUAAGGGUCACUUCCUGUUGAUCUCUGGUCACUUGCUGUUGAUUGGUUGGCAUUUUGGGUUCACUUCCUGUUGAUACAGGUCACUUCCUGUUGAUUUGGGGGCAUUUCAGAGUCACUUCCUGUUUAUCUGGUCACUUCCUGUUGAUUAGUUGGCAGUUUUUGUUCACUUGCUGUUGAUUUGGAGGUAUUUUGGGGUCUCUUCCAGUUGAAAUUGAGUCAGUCAUUUGAUAACAGGUCACUUCCUGUUGAUUUGGAGGCAUUUAGAAGUCACUUCCUGUUGAUAUCAGGUCACUCAUUUGAUAGCAGGUCACUUCCUGUUGAUUUGGGGGCAUUUUGGGGUCACAUCCUGUUGAUAUUGGGGGCUUUUCAGCUUCACAUCCUGUUACAGGUGACUUGCUGUUGAUUUGGGGGCAUUUUUGAGGUCACUUUCUGUUGAUAUCAGGUCACUUCCUGUAGAUUUUGCGGGCAUUUAGUGGUGACUUCCUGUUGAUAUGGGGUCACUCCUUUGAUAACAGUUCCCUUACUGUUGAUUUUGGGGCAUUUCAGGGUCACUUCCUGUUGAUAUCAGGUCACUUCCUGUAGAUUUUGGGGCAUUUAGUGGUGAUUUCCUGUUGAUAUUGGGGGCAUUUUGGAGUCACUUCCUGUUGAUAGCAGAUUAUUUCAUUUUCAAUUGGGGAAUUUGGGGUCACUUCUUGUUGAUGUGGGGCAAUUCGGAGAAUAAAGCGAGAAUUCCAACUUUAAAGUCAGAAUGUUUUUUUUUCUUCAAUGGCCCUAAUCCUCUUCCGUACGAUGGACACCUUUCACGUUCACGCUUGCGGCAAAAAAGCGGGAUAUUUGAAACAAAAAAGGCCCUUCCUUUCAACAUUUUAUAUCUAAUUGACAUCAUUUACUCAUCCAAAAGUUCAGGAAAUCAAAAGUGGUAUACUGUUUUUUCUCAAGCUGUACAAAACAGGCUAGAUCAGCAGUUCCUCCACCAGGGGGCGUCCGUACUAUAUUCCCAUCCACAUUUUAGCUGCAAAGGGGAUUUUCUAUGGGUUUUAUUUUUUUCGGGACACUGUUUAUGACUGGAGCACCUUAAAAAUUCUUUUUAUUCUUAUUCACAUUUUGUCACCUUUGUGUGUGAGUGUGUUUCCUAUCAACAGCGCCAUCUUGUGUGUGUUUUCUACAUUUUGGGGGGGGAGUCAACGCCGCCUUAAAAACAGGACAUGCUGGACCGCCGUGUAAUAUGUGAGGAAUGCAAAAAAAAAAAAAAAAAAAAAAGGCUUAUUUGUCAACAAAUAACACAUGCGCACACACAAAUGUCAAGUAUUUCUACUUUGCAUUUUACGGGGCUGUGUAUUAUUAUUAAUAAACACUUAGAUUUAUGAUCUUAGUCCUUGUCUUUUUAUGAAAUGCGCCAUUUUAAAUGCUUGUUGUGGUUGUUUAAUACUGCAUAAAGGCUCACUAUAAAAUGUGGGAGGUCUGGCUGCCAAUGAAAAUGGACAAAACAAAGUUCAUUGGCUGUCAAGCCUCCCAGUUCAAACGGAUUGGACGCCUAAGGCUGUCAAUAGGAGCCAAUGAGAUCAUUUUGGGGCGUUUCAGGUCAUUUCCUGUUGUUUUUCGGACACUUCCUGUUAAUUUAGGGGGUUUUAUGGCUCACUUCCUGUCAAUUUUGGGUCACUUCCUGUUAAUUGGGAGGCAUUUUAGGUUCACUUCCUGUUAGUUUUGGGGUUGUUAUGGGUCACCUUCUGUUGGUUUUGGGUAUUUACAGGUCAGUUCCUGUUAAGUUUGGGGUUUUGAUGAGUCACUUCCUGUUGAUUUUGGGUCACUUCCUGUUGAUUGGAGGCAUUUUGGGUUCACUUCCUGUUAUUUGGGGGGUUUUAUGGGUCACUUCCGGUCGAUUUUUGGUCACUUCCUGUUGAUUGGGAGGCAUUUUGGGUCACUACCUGUUGAUUGGGAGGCAUUUAAAGUUCACUUCCUGUUGAUUUUAGGGUUUUGAUGGUUCACUUCCUGUUGAUUUUGGGUCACUUCCGGUUGAUUGGGAGGCAUUUUGGCUUCACUUCCUGUUGAUUUUGGAGAGUUUAUGGGUCAAUUCCUAUUGGUAUGGGGGCACUUCCUGUUGGUUUGGGGUCACAUCCUGUUAAUUUGGGGAUUUUAUGGGUCACUUCCUGUUAAUUUGGGGAUUUUUAUGGUUCACUUUCUUUUAAUUUUGGGGCAUUUAUGUACCUUCCUAUUGAUUGGGAGGCAUUUUGGGUUCACUUCUUGUUAAUUAUGGGGGUUAAAUGGGUCACUUCCUGUUGAUUUUGGGGCAUUUUGGGUCACUUCCUGUAAAUUUAAGGGUUCUCAUGGAUCACUUCCUGUUAAAUUUGGGGGUUUAUGUGUCACUUUCUGUUGAUUUUGGUCAUUUCCUGUUAAUUUGAGGUUUUUUAUCAGUCACUCCCUGUUUAUUUUGGGGCAUUUAUGUACCGUCCUAUUGAUUGGGAGUCAUUUUGGGUUCACUUCGUGUUAAUUUGGGAGCUUUUAUGGGUCACUUGCUGUUGAUUUUGGGCCACUUCCUUUUAGUUUUGGCGAUAUUAUGGGUCACUUCCUCUUUGAUUUUGGGUCACUUCCUAUUGAUUGGGAGGCAUUUUGGGUUCACUUCUUGUUAAUUUAGGGGUUUUUUGGGUCACUUCCUGUUGGGAUUUCUAUGAUUCACUUUCUGUUGGUUUGGAAUAUUUACAGGUCACUUCCUGUUGAUUUGGGGGGUUUUUAUGGGUCACUUCCUGUUGGGGUUUUUAUGGUCACUUCCUGGUUAUUUGGGGGUUUUUAUGAGUCACUUUCUGUCAAUUUUGGGGUUGUUAUGGGUCACUUCCUCUUGAUUUUGGGUCACUUCCUGUUAAUUUUGGAGAUAGUAUGGGUCACUUCCUCUUUGAUUUUGGGUCACUUCCUGUUGAUUGGGAAGGAUUUUGGGUUCACUUCUUGUUAAUUUUGGGUGUUUUUAUGGGUCACUUCCUGUUGAUUUUGGGGUUGUUAUGGGUCACUUCCUCUUGAUUUUGGGUCACUUCCUGUUAAUUUUGGAGAUAGUAUGGGUCACUUCCUCUUUGAUUUUGGGUCACUUCCUGUUGAUUGGGAGGGAUUUUGGGUUCACUUCUUGUUAAUUUUGGGUGUUUUUAUGGGUCACUUCUUGUUAAUUUUGGGUGUUUUUAUGGGUCACUUGCUGUUUAUUUAGGGGUUUUUAUGGUUCACUUCCUGUUGGGAUUUUUAUGGUUCACUUCCUGUUGGUCUGAGGCAUUUACGGGUCACUUCCUGUUGAUUUUGGGGUUUUUAUUGGGGACUUCCUUUUGGGGUUUUUAUGGUUCACUUCCUGUUGAUUUGGGGGUUUUUAUGGUUCACUUCCUGUUAAUUUUGGGGUUUUUAUGGGUCAUUUCCUGUUAAUUUUGAGGUUGCUAUAGGUCACUUCCUCUUGAUUUUGGAGCAUUUUGGGUCACUUCCUGUUGAUUUGGGGGGUUUUAUGGGUCUCUUCCUGUUGAUUGGGAGGCAUUUUGGGUUCACUUCCUUUUAGUUUAUUUAUAGGUCACUGUUAAUUUUGGUGAGUUUAAGGGUCACUUUGGAUUUUGGGGCAUUUCUGGGUCUAUUGCUGUUUAUUUUGGGUUACUUCCUGUCAAUUUUGAGUCUGUUGAUUCUGGGGCAUUCAUGGGUCACUUCCUACUAAUUUUGGCACAUUUAGGGGUCGUUUAUUGUUGAUUUGGAGGCCGUUUCU